GGGCGCGUUCAACCUCUUCUUAUUCUUCUAUUUGGUCGCAAGGUACCUCGACUGUAUUCAGGCGCCGAGCCGUCGAGGGUUGAAUCAAUCAAUUCCGUCCAGAGAGCUCUUCUGCCUAAGAUCACUCAGGGCCGACUCGAACUCCUCAGCUUUUUGGGCGCGUCACGAAUUUCCUAGACCACUUUUAUAUUCACAAUUUGAUUUCCUCCGCUCUUUCUUGCCCCGUUAAUCCUCUCCUUCGUUCCAAACAUUGCGCAAAGACGCGCCUCGAUACCCGCCAACAUGUCUUUUGGCGGUGGCGGUGGUUUCUCGUUCGGCUCGAGCAACAAUACUCAAAACACGGGGUUCGGAGGUUUCGGCAGCAAUACCAAUACAAGUACAGGGUUCGGUACAAACACGAGCUCGACUGGCUUUGGUUCCAGCACUGCGACUGCGAAUCCAUUCGGAGGCAGCACAUUCGGAUCUAAUACUGGAGGUUUUGGUGGCAACACCAACACUUCCGGCUCUCUCUUCGGCAACAAGCCUGCCUCGAAUCCCUUCGGCUCCACAACCACAAACACAGGAGGAGGUGGUCUAUUUGGCAGCUCAAACACCAACACUGGGUUCGGUUCAGGAGGUGGUUUUGGAAGUACCAACAAUGCUUUUGGCAGUAAUACCGGCGGCUCGGGGUUCAGCUUCGGAAGCGCGUCGAAACCUGCAUUCGGUUCCAGUACCAACUCAACUCCGUUGUUUGGCCAGGGCGGUGCAGGGACAACCAGCGGGUUCGGAUCAACUUCAAGUCCAUUCGGUGCUGCUGGCAGCGGAACGGCUCUAAGCAAUCAGCCCGUUCCCCCUUCAGAAGGCACCGCUUCCACGCCAUAUGCGCCUACACUUGAGAAGGAAGCUGCGGGCCUAUCGAGCAACUACCAGAGCAUCAACUUUAUGCCACCGUACCAAAAAUAUUCAUUUGAGGAACUGCGACUAGCAGAUUACAAUGCCGGAAGAAAAUAUGGCAACUCCACUGGACAAGCUGGUGGGUUUGGCCAGAAUACUUUUGGAGGCUUUGGGCCAAGCAACACUGGAUUUGGCGCGAACGCCAACGCCACCGCCAACCCCUUCGGAACUACGGCCACGACGUCAGCAUCAGGCUUCGGCUCCAAUACCGCCACAACCGGUUUCGGUGGCGGCGGUCUGUUUGGAAACAAGCCUGCUGGUGGAAGUUUAUUUGGCCAGCAGUCCUCUGCCGCUCCUUCUAGUGGUCUCUUUGGAACCUCCAACACGUCGACGAAUGCGUUCGGCGGUGGAAAUACGGGAUUCGGGUCGGGAGGCGGUUUGUUCGGCCAGAACCAAACCCAGAACAAGCCAAGUUUGUUCGGCAACACUUCCAGCACUCCCUCGUCGUUCUCAUUCGGCAACACCAACACUACCAAUACUAACACAGGAGGUGGGUUGUUCGGCAACAACGCCAAUACCUCGAACGCCGGUGCAUUCGGUGGGAAUCAACAACAGUCUGGAGGAUUGUUUGGGAAUACCGCCAACCAGCAGCAAAAGCCUUCUCUUUUUGGCAAUACAGGAUUUGGAACAUCGACAAAUCAGAACCAACAAUCAAGUGGCUUGUUCGGUGGUAACGCCAACACAUCCACCGGUGGUGGCCUGUUCGGCAACAAUGCCAAUGCCAAUACUGGUACCGGCGGUGGUUUGUUCGGUACCAGUAACACCACGUCGGGAAAUCCUCUGUUCGGAAACAAUGCCAACAAUCAGCAAAAACCUGGUGGUAUUUUUGGCGGGAGCACAUUUGGAAACACUGGCACCAACACCGGUGGAGGCCUUUUUGGGAAUACCAACAAUCAACAGCAGACAGGGGGCUUGUUCGGAAACACAAAUACGAACACAGGCUCUGGGUUUUCAUUCGGAAAUACUGCCAACAAACCUGCAACCGGUUCUCUCUUCAACCCCACCAACACUCAGCAAGGCGGCUUCGGUGGCUCAACCGGUGGCUUUGGGGGACUAUUCGGCAAUUCGCAGAACCAACAGAGUCAGCAGCAGCCUGAUUUUAAGGUCUCGUCCCUGAACGACCCCAAUCCGUACGGUCAGACCUCUAUCUGGACUGGACUGCCCGUGCCAACACCAGAUAAUUCAAAGCCACUUUUCACUCCGUUGUCUGCCACUCAGAAGCUAAAGGAGAGCCAGUCAAAACCACCGCCAAGUCUCAGACUCAACCAGUCUCGUUACAUGACGCCACCCCGACGGUCUGGCUUUGGGUUUUCUUAUUCAACUUAUGGCACACCAAACAGUGCAGCCAGUACACCUGGCGGAAGUGGCCUGAGCAGCAGCAUGUACGGUAGUCGCAGUUUCAAUGGCGGCAGCUUUGGUCGCUCAUUUGGCAAGAGUGCAUCAGCUAGCAACUUGAGAUCUCAAUUUGCAGGGGAUAGCGAAGGCGUGCUCAGUCCCAAUGCAUUCGCUUCCACUAAUACCCGAUGGUCAAGUGGCAAUAUGCGCCGGUUGACCAUUGAUCGAAGCAUCAGAAACGAUCUUUUCAGCCGGCCUUCCCUUCCCGCUUUUCCGACAAAUGCUCUCAGUCAGUCAGUCAAUGGGAACAUCGAAAUUUCCGCCGUCACAAAUGGCGAGCCAUCCUCAACCAGUGAACCACCGAAUAAGUUGAAGAAGCGCGUGAGCUUUGACAAAGAUACUGCCGGUGGUUCUAAUGGAGUCUUAAAUGGCGAAUCAGGAGCUUUGGUAAGAACCGAAAGCGACCAAGAUGAGGCUAAUGGCACCGCUAUUCCCAGAACUGUGAAUGGCACAUCUACGCCCGAGACCGAGCCAGUCCGCGGUAACGAACUCGCUGUUGUCCCAGAAGAUCGCGAGUCAGACGAUGUGAUCUCUCGGAAGACAACCGUCCAAGCCAAGCCAGAUCCUCAGCCUGGAGACUAUUGGAUGAAACCGACACGUGCUGAGCUGAGCAAGAUGCCUCGUGAGAAACUGUCCCGAUUUGUUGGAUUCGAAGUUGGUCGAAAAGGGUGUGGCAAGGUGGUGUUCAACGGUCCGGUGGAUCUCACCAGUCUUCCCUUGGACGAUCUCUAUGAAAAGAUUGUGGAAAUCCGUCUGCGGUCAGUCACCGUCUAUCCUGACGCAAGCUCAAAACCCCCAGUUGGCAAGGGUUUGAACGUACCGUCGACAAUUUCUAUUGAGAACUCCUGGCCGCGAUCCCGUGGCCAGCCUUCCUCCGCCACCAGUGGACCCAUCUUUGAGAAGCAUGUCAACCGCCUCAAGAAGAUGCACGGUACUGAAUUUGUGAAUUACGAAGUGACCACGGGUGUAUGGACGUUCCGAGUACCCCACUACACCCGCUAUGGCUUGGACUACGAUGAAGAUGACGAAAUGGGCCAGAGUAUGCUCUCUGGUCCGCCUGACUCACUGGACAGCUCUCGCUCUGCCGAGAACUCAGGGAUGGAGGUUGACAGUGAAGCACAUGAUGACUACGAGGCCGAUGGUAACGAUGAUACAUUUGCCUUCAAACAAAAGACCCUGCCCGGUGGCUAUGGCCGGCAGUCUGUCUUCGACUAUGGUGAUGAUGUCGCUACAGCUCAGACUGUUGAAGGUGAAGAGGGUUCCGAAAUGGAAGAAGACUAUUCCGACGAUGACGAUGACAAUGAAGUGAGCAUGGCAGGCUCAUAUCCUCCACCUGCUGCUAGCCCUAGCAGACCGAUCCUCAAGCCCAGCACUGCCGGCACGCCCGGAAAGGCCCUCAUUAACAUUGACGGCGACUGGGCAGAACAACUUCAGCGCACUAUUAGCCCACGCAAACAGAAUCGCGAUGCUCUUCGACAAGUACAAAGCAAAGUUCUUCUGGAUCGCACGCAUGAACCAAUUAAACCGAUUCUGGACUUGGGCAAGAACGUCAACAAGAGUGAAUUUCGAACGAGCAUCGACAUUAUGAAUUCGCUUUUCAGCCGACACGAGGAAAGAAUGGCCGAAUUGAAAGGAAACAAGGGAAAGCCGCGGACUGGCCCGGAUUUUGAGUUCCCCUAUGCAAAGCGCGCAAAGACCUUUGAAGACCAAGUGCGAGACGAUUCCGCUGAGCUAGGCGAUGACGAUAAGCUCUGGCACGCAAGUUUCAAGCCUCAUUUUACACCCAUCAAUCAGCUUGUCUACAAGUCAAGUGAUGCACCCGGCGAAGGUGGUUGGGUCACAGAGGUAUUGGCACAUAGCGAGGCUACGGGUAGAGAUGUCGUUAUGACUUCGCUCCAACCGGUCAACAUUGACAAUAUUGCUAUGUACGUCAAGGCAAUCUUGACAGACGCUCAAGUGGUCCUUACCAACAAUGUCCCCUCGAUUGAACACGACGCUGUCGCCUUUUCUAGAGCCAAAGACCUUCUCCUACAGGAACGCUGCACUACCGAAGAACUCGACAUCUACGAAUUGCUUCAUGUUCUUUUCGAUGACUACGAGGACGAGUUCACUCAAGGUCUAAACCGCCAGCAGCAACAUGAAUUUCAGUUCCGUAUCCGCAGAGAUCGCCUUUCCAAGUAUCUCUCGGAGCUCAUAUGGCGCCGCCACGGCGACCGCAUCAAAGAGGCCUCGAAACUUAACGGCGCAACCGCAGCCGUCAUGCAGCUUACGGCGAACAGCAUUCACGCAGCAUGUGAUGCACUCACCCAAGAGAAGGACUUUCACCUUGCAUUGUUGGUCGCCCAAAUUGGGCAGGCUGAUUCAGCCUUCCAGGAAGAUAUGGCCGAUCAAAUCUCUGCAUGGCGUGGUCAAGGGGUCAUUUCCGAAAUGAGCGAGGAGAUUCGCGCACUGUACGAGAUACUCUCAGGAAACACCAGCAUCGUACAGGGAAAGCAGAAUGUGCCUGUUGAAGAUCGUGCGUCGACAUUCGCGAUCUCGGAAAAAUUCGACUUGGACUGGAUCCAGGCUUUUGCGCUGUGCUUUUGGUAUGGAAAGCACAAAAAUGGCGAGAUUUACGAAGUUGUAGCGGAUUUCCAAGAGAAAGUGAAUUCAAGGCUUGAAUCGGCCGCUCCUGUGCGUGGGAAUGAUGAGGAUCCCCUGUGGGUGGUGUUGAAGAUCUUCGCGAGCAACGCUGAGACCAGCAAGGGAAGGUCUGGCAGCAAGGCGACAGCUUCUGUCACUAACCAGGUCGAGAAACCUGUGCUCCCUCAAGCUCUUUCGGCGCUGUCACAACAUUGGGAUUCCUCGGGGACGUUUCGCCUUUACCACGCCAUCGCCGCUACAAUCCCAGGAGUGUCGACCGACCAGGACAGAUCGGACGACCUGGCUGCAUCACUCGCUUUCGAGCACUCGGCUCGCCGAAACACAUUGGGCGCAGUUUAUGCACUCCUGCACCUUUCCGAUCCGGCACAGCGAGCAGCUCAGAUCCGAGAUCUCUUCAACCGCCAUGCCGCAACACUACCGCGUGCGCCACGUCCUGGCGCCCCAGCCGGCCAAGACUCUCCCUUGUGGACCGCUUUCACUGUGUCUCUCAAGGUCCCUGCGCCGUGGAUUCACCAAUCGAAAGCCCUUCACGCACGCUCAUGUAACAAUCCCCUCGCAGAAUUGAAUUAUCUCCUCGCCGCGGGAGACUUUUGCAGUGCUCAUGACUGCUUCCUACGUCGCGUCGCCCCACGAUUGGUGAUCGACGAAGACUGGGAAACCCUGCGACAGGUGUUGGGAUGGUUGGGGCACGAGGCGGAGCAGAAAGUUGACGCCGCGGUGGCGACGAACGACGCCGAAGGGUCAGGAACCGAGUGGAAGAAGGGCGGACAAGUUUAUUCGGAUUUCGUGGAGUUAAUGUCGUUGAUGGAUAACCCCAUGUCUCCACGGCGCGAUUCCGCUGACGGCAGAGCGAAGACAACACUGCUUACGCGACUCCAAGGUUCGCUGACGGACUUGAAUGCACAGCCCCAAAACACGUCAUCGGCGGGCUCCUCGGAACUGAACAAGGAUCGCGAGAAGCUUGAGGAGAGAGUUGCGCUGUGCGAGAUGGGGAAAAUGGUUGCAAGAGUUUUGGAGUUGGAGACAGAAGACGAUAUCGGUGAAAAGAGACAGAUCCUCAACCUCCCCCUCAACGCGGACGCAAGGCUCAUCCAUUCCCGCACUUUAGGUGUGGAAUAUUAUCGCGGUGUGAUGGCGAUGGCACGUUGAACCUCCUCGGGCACCGCUUUGUACGGCUUGGUAUCAUGGGAAGUUGGGCAAUUGAGUAUGCGGAACGGCUGUGGGAGGCGUCAACAAGGAAAAUUGGGCUUAGUUGGGAAUAAACGAGAAAUCUGCAGAGGUCCAAGUAAUUCAUUCUCGUUCAGAGGAAAAUCAGGAAAAAGCAGUCAAAAGUCCAGCAAGAGAUCGGCUCAACCGGGGCGGCUUGAGAGCUAUUCUAGUGGCGAAGGGUUUCCACAGCGAUGAUGAAUUCGAAUGAGAACGUGUGUUGGGUGCAAUAGAGAGAGAGGCGGACGCUACUUUCCACCCUGUCUGCUGACUUCAAAUAUUAAAGGGUGAACGGCACGUCCAUCUAGGUUGAGUCUUUGGGUUCUAAUGUAUAUGAAGG